CAUGCAGAAGGCUGUUCCAGAGCUACCUCCAUUCUGGAGUGGGACUUAAUGCUUCCUAGAACACGGACAUAUCUCUCUUACAGGCUCGGGGACCAGUUCUACAAGGAAGCCAUUGAGCACUGCAGGAGUUAUAACUCCCGGCUGUGUGCAGAGCGCAGCGUGCGUCUCCCCUUUCUGGACUCUCAGACCGGGGUGGCUCAGAACAACUGCUACAUCUGGAUGGAGAAGAGGCACCGAGGCCCAGGCCUCGCCCCAGGCCAGCUGUACACAUACCCUGCCCGCUGCUGGCGCAAGAAGAGACGUUUGCACCCGCCUGAGGAUCCAAAGCUGCGACUGCUGGAAAUAAAACCUGAAGUGGAGCUGCCUCUGAAGAAAGAUGGGUUCACCUCAGAAAGCACCACACUGGAAGCCUUGCUCCGUGGAGAGGGAGUGGAGAAGAAAGUGGAUGCCAGAGAAGAGGAAAGCAUCCAGGAAAUCCAGAGGGUUUUGGAAAAUGAUGAAAAUGUCGAAGAAGGGAAUGAAGAAGAGGAUUUAGAAGAAGAUAUUCCCAAGCGGAAGAACAGGACCAGAGGACGGGCUCGUGGCUCUGCAGGUGGCAGGAGGAGGCACGAUGCUGCCUCUCAGGAAGACCACGACAAACCUUACGUCUGUGACAUCUGUGGCAAGCGCUACAAGAACCGGCCGGGACUCAGCUACCACUAUGCUCACACUCACCUGGCCAGCGAGGAGGGGGACGACGCCCAAGAUCAGGAGACUCGGUCCCCGCCCAACCACAGAAAUGAGAACCACAGACCCCAGAAAGGACCAGAUGGGACAGUCAUCCCCAAUAACUACUGUGACUUCUGCUUGGGGGGCUCUAACAUGAACAAGAAGAGUGGGCGGCCUGAAGAGCUGGUGUCCUGCGCAGACUGUGGACGAUCUGGCCACCCAACCUGCCUGCAGUUCACCCUGAACAUGACUGAAGCUGUCAAGACCUACAAGUGGCAGUGCAUAGAGUGCAAAUCCUGCAUCCUCUGUGGGACCUCGGAGAAUGAUGACCAGCUACUCUUCUGCGAUGACUGUGACCGCGGCUAUCACAUGUACUGUUUAAAUCCCCCAGUGGCUGAGCCUCCAGAAGGAAGCUGGAGCUGCCACUUGUGCUGGGAACUGCUCAAAGAAAAAGCCUCAGCCUUUGGCUGCCAGGCCUAGGACCCCAGGUCACAGAACGUGACUUGCUGCUGGAGAGGCUGAGCUGGAGCUCAGAUCAAACCAGACUGAACCCUCUUCCCACAUAUCCAGAUACACCAAUGUAAGGAAAACAGUCACAGAGGGGCCUGGACAUGUGGCACGAGAGGGCGAGAUACCUCCCUUACCUCCCCACGACACACGUAUGGUGCUUCAGCUAGCACCUACCAGAAGGAUCUAGCACUUUUGAAGAACAACCUGGUCCCAGCUCUGUGGAACCCCUCUCCUUUUCACCUAGCACCGCAACCCCUUGCUGGUUCCCAUUUUAAGGGAAGCCAUUUUGUGACCACUCACCAAUCAUUUGUGUGUAGUUUGGUGUUUUUUUUUUUUUUUUAAAUCUAUUGUGUUCUUAGAAAUCUUCACACAGCUUCCUCACAUCCAGCCUAGAUUCUUCACCCUAAACUCUCACUAGAGAAACAAAGGGUUUAGAGAAAUUGUUGUUUAUGACAAGCCUUCAUGGAAACUUCUAGACUUGGGGCCUGGAAGCCAUCUUGAAGGCAGAGCCUUGAAGUCCUUUCUUGUUCCUUUUCUCUUCAAAGAGGAAGAGUGGCUUUGAACUCCAGCAGUGACAUCCACAGCCAGGAUGGUCUUGAUCCACAGCAUUAGUUCCUUUGAUAUGGGGGAUGCGGAGGAAAGUAGAGGCACUGAGAGCUGGGAGGAGACAUUGUGAAAAUAAUGCGAAGUCCCCACAUAGCCAGUCAGUAUUUGUCAUCCAUCAGGAGAGACUUUACGAAGGACCAUGCUGGUUCCCUGUCCUUCUGAGCUGGGGCAUCCUUAAGUGAGACAAACCACAGUGCAUGGACAGAGGAAGAUGCUCAAGAUUCUGCUUCCCAACAGACCUGGGUCUAGGUGCAGGGUCAGGAACCAGGAAGGUGAGCAGAGACUGUCCAAUCAGAUGUCCGAAUGUUGGAGACAAAGGACUGCAAUUUGAGAAACGCUUCAGUAUUAAUGCAACACUAUGGAUUCCUUUCCAAAGUAAUUUCUUCCUUAUACUUGGGGUGUAUUUGCAAUUGUCUACGGAGAUCUGACUGGAAAUUUUGGGAUGAGGGAGAAAUGAUUGCUACCUAAACAAAUAAUUAGGGAUGUGUGACUAUUUGUAAUCAGGGGACAAUGAUUCAGAACUCUCAGCUCUGAGAGCCGCUUUUGUCUCCUAAGCUCCCCCGAAGUGCCCAAUUCUUGAUUUCAAAAAGCGUUUCUAGAAGAAAGAAGUGGAGAGUCUCAGAUUCCAAGAACUCUGUGUUGGAAGACAGCCCCGUGGGCUGGAGCGGUUUGGGCUGUCUUUGAAUCACAGCAGCAGCACAAUAACUGACACAAUUCUGGAAAAAUCAUUUGCCCAAAGGGCAGGUCUCUGUAAACGAGACCCCGCGCAUGCUCGGCUUCCCUGAAAUCAGCUCCAUCUCUGUGGUCGGGCUGCUUACAACAAAGGCCCGGUUAUUUUUAGUCCUUCAGCUCCUGAAGAAGCCCCCAGAGACCUUGGGCUAGUUGGGCCACUUCUGCCAGGCUGCAGUGUUGGCUCUGCACUCUGCAGGGCCAUCCUCCCCCCACUGAUUGCUCUUGGCUGGUGGACCUGGGCAGUCUGGCAGGGAGCCAGCAGUGUUGGUCUCCUCACUCCUUUGCAGACUGACCUGUGGAAAGAGACGGGGGUCACUCUUCUGCAGGGGUCUGUGGCCUUAGAGUGAGUUACACGCAUACAUAAUGAUCUCAUUUAAAGGGCCCCUGUCCAGAUGGGAUUUCCAUCUUCCCUGUAAGAUAUUUCCUUCCCCUGCUGGUUAGUGAGCUGGCUGGAUUCUAAAGGCUCAGGGAGGUUCACAUCAGAGAGGCACAUUUCCACUUCUGACUACUUGGGAUUUCUCUCCUCCCACAGAAUCCAAAGUGGGGUAUCCUCAAAGGCUCUGCAAUGACUGGUUUUGAGAUUUAUUUAAAUUUAGAAAAAAAGUAAUUCCCCAAAUGAUCUCAAAUACCACAAUGGCAUGAAAGUUAAAAAAGCAAAUUUGAAGCUGCAAACUGUGGCUCUCCUACUUGACAGUCCUCUGGAAUAUGUGCAAUCCUUUCCCCACAGAAAUGCAGAUGACGGGGUAGCCCUGUUCUAUCUCCAGCCACAUCUGCUCAGCUGGCAGAAGCUGAGGGUGGUCUGAGUCUCCCAAGACAACGUGGAGUGCUGGAACUUGCCCACAGUUGUGGGGCGUUCAGGGCUCUGGAGUGAUGUUGGAAGGCCUUAGAGUUCUCUUCUUGGUUUUGUCUCUCCCUGCAGAAUGGGCCCAAUCCCUUCAUCUUUUGGAGGCCUCAAUUUCUUUCUCUGAAAAACAGGAAUAGCAACGUCAGCUUAUGGGUGGCACUGUCAGCAUAGCACCAAGUCUCCAAAGUGACAUUCAUCACCUUCUGUGUUAAAAAAGGGGGUGGGGUAGGUAAGCUCCAACUUGGUUUCUUUGAGACCUAGGGAAGGAGUCAGAAUCACUGGGUGCGUGUGAAGAUCCAGGCUUUUAGUUUUGCCUCUGCCACUGAGUAGCUGCGUGAUGCUGGGCGUAUCACUUAAUAAUACCCCGGACCUCGGUUUGUCCACCUGUAAUACGGAGAGAGUAGCGCUUGCCCUGCCUGGUGACACUGGGAGUUUUAAGAAGCAUCAUGUUACAUAAACUAGCAAUGCCAAAGCUAGAUGUCUUCUUGGAAUCUCCCUUUAACCAAAGGGAGUUUACAUUUCAAGGACUGGGUUGCCUGCCGUAGGGUCAGUGGACCAGAACUAUGAAAAAGCAAAGCAUGACCAUGCAGGGGCUGUGGUGAGAAGUGAAGGAUGUGCCAUGGGCUUGAGGACUUCAAACAGAAGAUACUCAAGAUAUUCCCAGCUUCAAAUGGAGAGCAAUCUUCUGGGGAGGGCUAUAAUUCCAUUAGGUUCAGGUGUAACGCUCACUUUAAGGCCUGUGUAUGAAGCCCACUUUGCCCAUCUCUAACUGGUUGACCAUGGGCAAAUGACUUCACCUCUCCGAACCUCAUUUUCCACAUCUGUAAGAUGGGGGAACUAGGGCCUAUCCAGGUAGGCCAUCACCAGCAUUAGAGAGAAUGCUGGUAAAGAUCUGGCAUGGGCCUGGCAUGAUGAAGGCCUCCACUCCAUGGCAGCUGUUGUCAUUCUGUGCAGAGACCACUAGUGGAGAAGAUUGAGGCUACUGCCUCCCAGCUCCAACCCCUAGAACAUCCAGGGCACUUUGCACCACCUCACGCCUGUACUGUGGCUCCAGCAGGCCAGGGGUGUGAGGCUGAUCUCAGCCGGAAGUUGGAAUCCAAGCUCUUGGAAGCAUUCCCCACCCCCCUCCGGGAAGAUGCCCACACCACAAUCCUUUCUCCUUUACUCUUCUCUCAGGACUUUGAACAUGCAUACAC